UAACACGAAUGGCAUAUGCAUUAAUAUAAGUAUUUAUAGCAUGUUUUUGAGCAAGUCGCAUAUUCGUCAUUUGAACAAAAUCUCCUGCAAAAUUUUUCCAAUUCCAUAGUCACAACUUGCGACCCAUAAGUAUUUUUCUGAAAAAGCAAGAAAUGUUAAAAUGGAAAAUAGGACCAAAAGUAAUUGACAGAGUUUACUAAAUAUAAACAUCGUUCAUCGCUUGAUUAUGUAAUAAGUUUGUUUCAAAACUAGUUUGAAUGAAAAUAACAAGGAAGGUGACAUUUUAGACAAAUUCAAUUACAUUAUAGUAAAUAAUAAAUAAAUUGUACUUAUGCAAAUAUGCACUACAUACAUACAAUCGUAUUAAGUAUAAAAAAUAUGUAUGCAUAAGUAAGUAGAAUAUUGUUACAGAGGUUGCAAUUCAUAAAUUAUUUGUGGCUGUUUAAAUUGCCGUUCUUAGAACUCAUCAAUGAUGAAACACAUUUCAAACUGCAUAUUAAAACUCGUAUGCAGAUAUGGCUAUUUGUUGUGGGUUAAGUAUUAUAUUUUGCAGUAUACUUGAUACAAGAUGAAAUCUUUAACGUGUCAAAUUUUAUAUUUUUCCAUAACUUUAUUCUACAUUGGAAGCAUGUUAAUUUCGUUUGUGGUGGUACCGGCAUCCUCAACGACCAUAAAAAAUCUAUCUCAUAUUUGCAACGAAGAGUUUCUACAAAAUAACGAAACCACGAUUUGGAGGAGUGAGGAAGUAGAGGAUGAACAUGGAAAGUACACAAUUUCGAAAUGUGGAGAUCACUCGAAGUUUGUCUUUUUCAGUAUUCCACCCAAGACAAAUUUAUCGUUUGCGAGGGCUGUUGGUGGUAAAUAGGUUGAAUAUUAUAUGCAAAUAUCUUAUCUUAUGUUAUAAAGCGAGGUAUAUUAUCUAAUAAUUGAAAUUUAUUACGAUUUGAAGCAUGUCAGAAGUACGGUCUCAAUAUCGCCGCAAUAAAAAGUCAACAUGAUCAUAAGAGCAUUGUUAAAUGUCUUUGUAGGUUUGACAAAUCCUUAAAGUUUCUCCAGUUGGGUGCAUAAAUAAAUAUUUAGAAUAUAUGUACAUACAUAUUUAUGUGUUCAACGAUUAUUGACAGCAAAAAUGAAAGAGCCCUUCACCACCAAGACAACAUUUUGGAUCUCUGGAUUGGGUACAAACGAAGAUCAACAUGAUCAAGGAUGGUCAUAUUCCACUGCUUUAGAAGACGAUUACUAUUUUCACGUGUUUUGGGGGUUUUCUCCAAGAGGUCUCAAAACAUCGGUAUUGGAUCUAUUUAAGUCUAACCUUUACAAGAAUGGUAAAAUCAGCAUUCGUUAUAGAAAGACUCAAGGGAUAGUGAAAAAAAUGCAAUGCUGCAUUGGGCACAAGACACCUUAAAGAAGGAAAGAACACUUGUAAUGAUGUCUGUUGAAGAAAACAACGUGUUCAAUAAACAAAAAAGCUUCAUAUGUGAAUUCGAAGUGUCGAGUCUCUGUUAUCAUCACAGUGACGAAGAGAAAGAAUUUGUAAAAUUAAAUUUAAAGAAGGAGGAAAACGAGAAGCUGGUCGAUUUGGGAGAUGGACUUGUAAUUUACAAUAGCUUUGUUCAAAAAAAUUUGCCGGACGCAAACGCAUAUUGUCAGAGUAAAGAACUACAAUUGAUUGAUACGAGACAACUGAAUAAGUCAAAAUCUAACAAACUGUACACGGCCUGGCAAAACUGGAUAAAGAAAAAUGAACUCGUUCGUGCUGUGACAGGAUUUUGGCUAGGACCAAACAGUUUUUUCAAAACCUCGUGCAAUUUCGAAUGGGACUGGGUGGAAAAUGUAAUUGUUGACCCAUGGGAGGAUGCCACACGAAUGUAUGAAAACGGUAUUCGGAGAGGAAAGUGCCAGUAUUAUGGCCAAUGUCUAGCCGUUGGUACUCUUAAUCUAGAACCUAAAGUUUUCCAUCUUCAGAAAAUUUCUUGUCUUGUUCCACAGUGGGUUUUGUGUUCAACAAUAACUCAUGUAACAACUAAUCGCUAAAUUUGUGACAUGAUUAACCGUAAUUUCGCAAGUCAGAUGUGAUACAUACUCAUAAGGAAAUAAAAAACAGUAACGUUUGACAAAUAA